CAAGCAGAUCAAGCUACACUGACUUUACACUUAGCAGGUGUAAAUCCCACAAAUACAUGACAGAAAUUUCUUAAUUUUGUUGGUCUAAUUAAGCUGCAAGACUACCCUGCCUUUGUUCUGCUUUUUUCACCCCUGCCCCAGAAUAGUGCUGCGCUCCAGGACAGUAUACUGACAUCGUUGCAGACUGUUUGUGGACUUCUAAAAGAAGGUAAUCUCUGUUUACAGAUACUACAAAAAAAAUGAAGACUUGGGAUCAAUUAGGGCUCGGAUACUUGUGUUCUGGUGUCCAUUUGAGGUAUGUUCAUAGUAAAAGCACUACUGACUGAAGAUGCCCCCUCGAGUCUGGCUCUAAAAAGCCAAGAAGCCCCUUAAAUACAGUGUUACACUCAGAGAGCUCUUCACUUUUAUUGAUUUUGUUCUUUGUGCGGACCUAAUGUUAAAGAACAAUCACUGGGGCAGAGUGAGUGGUCAAACCAUCUACAGAGGAGUAUGGAGGACCAUGGGGGUCACAGACAUAGUAUAGUAAUAUUUCUAAAAUUAAAAGCAAUUGUGCAAUUAAAAAAAAAGGAAUUAAUGCACUGGUUUACAAAUUCAUUGAAUAAUUCACACAGAUAAAUGAGGUAAUUAUAUAAGAAUUUAUGAAUUAAUCCUUCAAUUUCUACAAAAGCCUUAAAAGCUUGAGCUGAAUUCAACAAGUAGUUCAAAAAUACAGUCUUAAAAUGACAAACACCUGCAUUCACAAAACAGAAAUAAGAAUUUGGCAUUUUAAAGAACAAUGCCUUUUUUUGUUUUCAUUGCCUGGCUCCUAUUUGCAAACCAAUUUGCAAAGUCCAUCGGCCUGUUUAUUUCCCUCCGCAUUUUGCCUCCCUGUGAUAUAUUGGUUCUCUGGGUUGGUAAAAUGAGGUAAAGCAAUGCAAAUUAGCAAUUUAGAAAGCUCCCAGAUUGUUAACAACCUGACCUGUUUCAUACAGGGAGAGAACUCAUAAUAUCUUUAGGGUUUCAUCUUUAGGGUUUGUAAGACAUAUAUACCUCAUUAUUCUGGCCAAUUGUGGUCACAGCUCCCUGAUUGAUUGACACAGACAAAAGACAGAGGUAGUCAGGAGGGACACCAGGUUGUAUUCAAGUUAGAAACGUCUGACAGCCCUUUAGCUCAUAUCAGAUCACAGCUAACAUUCAGCCACUUCUCACUGAACAUCAACGUUAAGAAAUAGUUGGUGAUAAUAAUACUAACAACAAAAAUAGUCCUCAACUAAGAAAGAGUAUUAUUCUGUACAUGACUGCUGUGAGAAUUGUGGGAAGUGAAGUCAUUAUCUCUUGGAGACAGAGGUUUGCAUAUGAGGAAAGUUUUGCACAUUGAUGAGUCCAGAAAGUUUAUUUGUGUUGCAUUUGGUGCAGACAGAGGAACGCCAGCAACCGAACACCAAGAGAUUCACAACCAUCAUCCCUGGUGAGUGCCACUAGAAACACUGCUGGAGAACAGUGAUUUAAUUAUCACUUAUUAACUAUAAGGAAAUCUCUUUUUAUUUGCAUUUCGGCCAGGGAAUCUUACAUUGUGCAUCCCAAAAUUGCUGCAGACAGAUUUUAUAUAAGCACAGAAUGAUUUCAUCCAAGACAGAAAGUGGUUUCAGGUUCUCUGAAGGCGGCUUCACCCCAAACUGUGAAGAUAUGAGAUUUUUCAGAGAAAAUAAAAACUAAAAAAUAAAUACGUAAAGAAAAAAAAAAAGUCUGGCAUUAAUGCACUGAAGAAAUCAUACUCAAAAAUUUUCAAAGUUUUAACUCUGACUGACUGAUAUUUUGGCUAAUGCUCUUAAUUAAGACAUUUAUGAGAAGACUGCAGUUAAACAUGUGAUUUAUUAGUUAGUUUUAGUGUCACUUAUACAAAUGACACAUAUACUUCUUUGUCAGUGUCCUUUGUGCAUCUUCACUCACUUUAAAAACUCUAUAUAAACAACUAAUCAGUCUUGGACCAAAGGCAGUAUCAGGAUGAAAUAGUUUACCUGGUUGUUUUUAGGGAGUGUCUUUGGCAUUAGGGAGAAAUAGAUAAAAGAUCAUGUGAAGUCUCAUUUUUGAUGACAUAUAAAGUAAUGGAACUGUAUUUACAUUGUGAGACAGCAUAUUCACUGUCUAAAAAACCUGUAGAUGGAACUAAAUUCAAAAAGUUAACAGUACUGAAUGGGCGGAAACUGACUGCUGGCCAGUCAGCACUGUAGAUGCUGUUGCAUUAACCAAGGAUCCUUUGACAUUAAUGUGUAACCAUAAUUUUGGAAAAACUGCACAUCAUACUGCAGUUUUGUGCUUGCACUUUUUUUCUGUGAAACAAUAUUAACCUCUAAAAAAUAAAUUAAAUUAAAGGUCAGGAUCAAUCAGUACAUUUCAGCAUUUAUUUGAUUCACCAACCCGAGCACUGGUAAUAAUUGCUUUACACUGCUAAUGUGAAUUGAGGACAGAUGUAACGUACAGACAAUGCAGCAAACAUCAAUGUUUUUUAAUUAACAUUGCUUAAAUACACAGCUGGAUCAUCACUUGCUGUUCACUGACCUAUCCUACUGCAUCGUCUGAGUUAAAUUUUACUUUUCUUUCUUUUAUCAGAUAUCUCAGUGACUUAUUUUGAAAUAUAUCAAAUGUGAUUUUCACAGCAGGUGCUUGAAAAUUCCUGUGGGCCAAAACAAGAUGACAAAAAUGUUCAUGGUCAUCCUCGUCCUGCUGCCACUACUCCCUCCUGCAGAGGCACAGCUGAGAACUGAAAUGAGAACUGUUGACGACGUGAAGGUUACCUGGAAGGACGCACAGUUCCUUUGCAGGAUCGAUGACGAAGACCUGGUCUCCAUCAAGGGUGAAAGAGACAAUGAGAAAUUUUACCAUACCCAAGGAUGGAUUGGUUUGUACCGAGAGACUUCAACCUCAAGGUGGAGAUGGUCCAGAGGAGGUGGGAUAGCCGAGUUCCUCACAUGGGAAGAUGGUAAGCAGACCAAACAUAUAAACUGAUAUUGACUAUCAGUCCUUUUGAAAUGGUAGGAUACCAUUCGUAAUGAUGAUCAGGUGUAAUUCACUUAAAAUGUUUAGUUUUCUUCAUUUUUCCCAUGACUUUGUAAGAAGACCACAUUUUUGAACAAGGAUGAAUAAGAAAUCACCUUCUCUAAUUCUAUCUACACUCAUUGGCCACUUUAUUAGGUACACCUUGCUAGUACUGGAUUGGACCCUCGUUUGCCAUACCUAGUUGCAACUUUGUUUUUACUUUUGAUUGGAUUGGUAAAUUAUAAUUUUCUGUGGCUUCUUUUCCUGUUUCUUUGGGGUUUGGUUUUGUUUAAUUGGGUGGAGGGUCAGCCUCAAACCUGACAGCCCUUUGUGGGCUAGUUUUGGUGGCGUCUCUUUCUUGUGUUUAUUUAAUCAAUCCACCCCUUUUAUUUCAGGUUACCCAGGGUACAAAUCUUGUUUGUUAGUUUUGACAAACAAGAUUUGUACCCUCAAUAAUAAUGAAUCUUUUGAGCACCUUUUUGACUUUAUCUUGACUUUAGUUGUGUUUCAAUCCCUUGCAAGAUGAGCUGUUAGGGGGUCAUAACAACAUCAACAAGGCAUUUUGGUCCACACAAGUGCUACACAUCCGAUAUUUUCUCUUUCUCUGACCAUUCUCUGUAAACCCUCUGGCACCAACAACUACGCCAUGUUCAAAGUCACUUAAUUCCCCUUUCCUCCCUGUUUUGAUACUCGGUUUGUACUCCAGCAAGUUGCUUUGACCACGUCUACACACUUGGAUGCCUGAAGUUGCUGCCUUGUGAUUGACUGAUGAGGUAUUUGUGUUGACAAGCAUUUUAAUGGGUGUACCUAAUAACGUGGCCAGUUUUGAGUCCAAGCUGUCCAACUUUUACUUUUUAUUUUUUAUUUUAUUUGACAGUUAUAUUUAAAUAUUAUACUUUGGCGCUCUGAUCAGCUCUACUUGCUACAAACUUUCAGCUAGUAAGUUAAAAACUGAGUUUUUUACAUUGAUCAUUGAUGUUUCUGGACAUCAUAAGUACAACACAAAUGUGCAUUUAUACUGUUUAAAUCACUUUGGCAUGACUAUUUUAAUCACAAUCAGGGUUAAAAUCAGUCUGGGGCUGUCUGUAGCAAAAAGAGAAUCAUAUCUUACAGGUUGGACUUUAUAGAUAGUAUAAAGUUGUUGUUGUUUUGUUGGUUUUUUUUUGUUUGUUUGUCAAAUGUCGUGUGAUAAAAUUGUCAUGAAUUGGAGCUAUAAAAAAUUUAGAAAGAUUUAUUGGUUGAUUGAGUGAGAAUAAUCUAUUUAUUGGUUGAUAGAUGAUCCAGAUGAUGGGGAGAACUGUGCCUACAAAAAGAAAAACGAUAUAGGAUGGCGCAGUGAUUCCUG